GGUGAUAUGCAUCUAAGAGGAGGCAUCCCACCAGCCACUCACUUUACGCGCGCUGGCGUGUGCGUUCAAUUCGCGACGGCUGUCGUUGUGGACGCGACGCAAGGCGCCCUAGAGCGAAAUCAUUCUUUGUUCCAAUGGUCCAUUCAUAAUUGUGACUCGACAUGACCCGAUCCUGAACGCGCAGCCAGACUCUUCUCCCACGACAAUAUUGCAACUCUGCGCGCCUACCUGGGUAUCUCGGACACGACGUCGCAACGCGAUAACUUCAUCUUGGCUGCAGCUCCGUCGCAACUUGAGCUCCAAGUUCCAAGAGCAAUUGCAGUCGGCGCAUGGCGCAACGCGCCCAUACACGCCUGUGUUGAUUAUGGAUCGAUAACAGAGUCCACAGAACGCCUCAAUGGCAUUUUCAGAUUAUUCUACCAAUCAAGAAUACAGUGCUCCGCCUUCCGAUGAUGAAGGCGCAAGUUUCACCGAGUCGGCGCGCUCGGUGAAGGAUCCUUACUACUCAAACGAAGAAAUCGCCAUCCUACACUCAAUUGUUGCUGCUGCGGAAGAGCGCGUCAACCAUGGCCGCGACCCAAAGCCUUUGCCAGUCGCUGCGCUUUUUCAAGCCUACGACGACAUCUUGCCCGAAUACGGAAUCGACCCCGACGAGGACAAGCACUUCUCUGCCUUCAUUUUCCGCAUUGGGGGCGAGGAGGAGCACGAGACGCUGGGGGACAAGUUCCAGGCUAUCCUGGGCCGCAUGGGAAUAGCGCUCGAAUUUGGCGACGAUACUUCAGCCUCCCUCCACAACUCCUCUCGGUCCCAAGAGGACGGACAAUCGACGCGACCGCUGGAGACCAGAAAGGGCGAUACUUCUGCUUCCGUCACUGUGCCGCCCGUGGGGAUUCGAAGAUAUGAGCAGCCAAAACCGACUGUCACCGAAUAUGAGUCGGACGAAACGAAGGAAUCUUCUGGUUCACCUGAAUCUACUCGACCUGCGGAUCAGCAUAAUCACAAUGGGGUCGAAGAUUCAUGGGAUGAUUCAAGUUUUGAUGCUGAUCCCGAAGUCGAAGCCGCGCUCCAGGCCGCUAGGCAAGUCGCUGCGGCCAAUGCGUUGGAUCGAUGGCGGGAUGCCGUCGCUGCCAGACAUCCCAUGGAACCAGAGGCAGUAUCUCGUGCAAAAGAUGGGAAGCAGGCACCUGCAUCUCACCCUCCAGUCGCUCCAAGCAAUGGCAUGCAGGGUGUUCAUUUCAAAUCAGAUCGGCUAUUCCAGCAGCUACAACCUGUAGAGGAGACGACGGCCGAGUAUCGACUCGACGAGCGUCCACAGCCAUUCCACCCAUCCGCUGAAUCAAGGAUACCGACGCAACAACGCCGUUCCCUACUCUCGGCACUGGACAUCUGGAGGCAUUCCAAGGAGCAACACAAAGGGCAAGCUGCCAGCGCGCAAGCUCCAGGAGCAACAGGGACACGACCGGGUGUGACGACAACGAAGAAACCGCUUACACUGCCCGCAGCGACAGAUGCGACUUCUCCACAGGACGUGGGAGGAACGUGGAGGCGGUCACUGGAGAGAGCGGUAGCAAAGUCGAACAAGCCAUUGGAGACACCAAAGCAGGCGCAGAAGCUCACGGCCGCCGCGCAAGCAGAAGAGCAGAGAAUGCAAGCUAUAGCAGCCCGGGCUCGUGAAAUCUUCCUUGCUAGCAAAGUGUUCAACCACUGGGCCGACAAGACAGCGCGGCGGCUUGAGCGAGAGGCUGUGGCCCGACGCCAUAUGAUCCGGUUCCGCUGCUUCCAUGCUUGGAGCCAGCUGCCCACGUCAAGACUGCCCGAGGUGGACCGCCUUCGAGUUGUCACCGCUUCGCAGAAGCUCAAGCGAGCUGUGGCAGAAAACGAAGAACAGCUCCGCAUCUCUGCUUCGGCGUCAUACAAUUCGCACAGAAGCAAAAAAGUAACAGCUGUCCUUGACAGGUGGCGAUGUGUUAUCAGAGCGGCCGACACUCGCCAAAAGGUCGCAUUGCGUGAACGGCUGAACACCGCGAGGCGCUGGAUGCGUCGCGCUGAUAAUGACGCGAGCCUGGAAGCGGCUCUCCACACCCAUCGGCAUUUGAUGCACAAUCUGAAUGCUUUAAUCAGGUGGCAAGGCAAAGCCGAGCUUGGGGCGGCCAGACAACAGGCGUCAGUGCAACUGGGAUUCGAGAAGAGAGCGCACGACCUUUUGAGGAUCUGGUGGGAUCAGGCCGAAGUUGGCAGACGUGCUCAGGCUUAUCGCCGAGCUUACCUCAUGGACAAGGCCAGCCACGCAUUCGAUCUCUGGAAUCUGCGAGCCAGGGCGCAAGCCUUCAAAUGGAGGAACGAAUAUGUAUCGGCCAGUCGCACUUUCGAUCUGUGGGAGCACAGGGCAAAUGCCAACGUUCAACAACAACGUGUGGCUGCUGCUCAUUAUGAGUUGCGCGCGCGCGCAAGAGUACUAUCGACCGUACGCACAAGCAUAUCUCAGCGCGCGCAGCUGACCAGGCGGAACAACAACGCCCGUCUAUAUAUAUGCGCUACGCGGCUCCUGGACGUGGUGCAAAAAACGGUGGCUCGUCGCCAAGCACAGGAUAAAGCGACGCUCAGGAAGAGGUUGGAGGAGGUCUACCGUCGCUUUAGCAAAGAGAAGAAGAAAAGAUCCUGCCUUGCAGCCGUUGAUAGGUGGCGAGCUGCGGCCACUCACGACCAACACGAAUUUGAUCGGGCGUCGAGGAUUCGGGCGACCAAGGAGCAGGAACAUAGGGUGGCGAUGCUAGACACCUGGGCCGGCCGAACGAUUGAGCACCAACAAACCAACUACCAAAUGCGGCUUCGCCACGCGGUGGGUUUCCUCAACAGCUGGAGCGAGCAAGCGGUCUACCAUCAAGAACAAGAUGGAGUGGCUCGGGAGACGUGGAUCUUCAAGAAGCGAUCGCGCUACCAGAAGACGUGGUCGAAUUCGGCUAUUCAACAAGGUGGCCAGGCUCAUACAGCUGUUGCUCUCAGCAGACGCUAUGCUCGCAGCUCGCGAAACAAGGCUUUCCAGCGGUGGAGAGGACAGUGUCUCCAGGACGAAACCAUUGCUGUACGUCAAACGCCUGCAAGAGCGUCUCUCGGAAGGUCAAGUCUGAUGCACACCACAUCACGUAUGCCGUCCGCUCGAACAGCUCAGUAUGGCAUGGACACUCCGAGCAAGGGGACCUGGCAGCCUCAGCUGGCCGCAAGUGGCAUCUUUGCAAGGACAAUGCCGCCCCUCAGAGAAGCAGACGAGGAUCAAUCGCCUUUACUCAGCCCGACAGGCGCAAGCAGUGGUGCGCAGCUUGAACAGGGGCCAAGGCGAUUCCCGAGACUGCUCCCAGCAACACCAAACGUAGCCUCCUCAACUACACCUAGGGGGCCACCACCUGCGAUCUUUGGGAAUGAGGUUGCCAUCCGUCCAAGAGCAGCACCGAGCGCACUCCGCCCAGCCCAGUCUGCGUCACAAUCGAGCAUGGCGAGACCAGUACUUGCCACGCCAUCGCGACCCGCCAAUGCUGGCUCCCGGACCCAGCCUGCAAGCGCUCAACACCCGCUUCGAUUCGCGUCCACCCAGAGGCCCUUGUUUAGUACGCCUGGGCCAAGGACAGAGCAACAAGAACGCCGCCCAACUCCGCCACGAAGCUUGUUCGAGUCCUACGGGCAGAGACGCUCAGCGUCGCCAACACGGCGAUCACCAACAAAAGAGAGGGAAGAGAGGGAGAGCUCGCCUGAUAUAUAUAGUGAUGGCCGGUGAUUACGCAUGAACGGAUACUACGGGAGAGAAAAAGGUGCAUUGCAUAGGCGUUUUGGAUAGGUAGGAUAUGUCAGACGUGCCGACUGGAAGCACCUGACUUGGCAGGAUACCCUCUUGUGACUUUCUGGAAGACGUGGCGUCGGGAGAUCUCGCUGGAAAUGUUCAAGUUUUGAAUGAAGCAUCGUGCCU